GACCAAAUCGCAGUUUGCUUAAUGACCAGUUCGCCACCCCGCGACAAAGCCGCCGUGCGGCAUUUCCCCCCACUGGCGCGGGAAACUCAGCCUCUCUGACGUGGGAGUGCCACUUUUGAUUGACAGGAGGAAGGGGCGAUGCGUCCACACAGCCCUUCAGCCUAAUUAACGCGGGUUUAUAAGAGAAGUGAGUUGUUGAGUAGAUUCAGAGAAAGAUUUUCAGCGGCUUGGUACAGGAAUGAUGAAACGAAGGUUACUGGUUGCCGUGCUGCUACUCGUAGCAUGUAGUAUGGGGUGCAGGGGCACACAGAGAGACAUUCUCCUUCCACAUGGUGCUCGUGAAGACACGGCGAAGAGCGGUGACGGUCGGGCGGUGCACGACGCCGUCCUGCUGCGGGAAGUGUUGACGCACGGGCCCACCAUCGAGGCGCUGGUGCGGUCCACCAUGACAACGGUCCUGGUGGCAACUGGCUGGAUGUACAAGAUGAUGCACGGGAAGGUGCCGGGUCUGGACGGGUCCAGCCGGCGGGGGCUGCAGCAGGGGCGGCGGCAGGGUGAGGAGGCGUCCACGCUGCAUGGCAUCCUCACGUCCAACAUCGCCACCACCGAGCAAAACAGCACCAGCACCGCCAGGCAGACCACGGAGACCGAGGUCUCCACGUCGCACACCGCCAGGUCGGGGUGGGAGUACGAGAACGAGCCGCCCGAGUACAACCCCAACUCGUGGUCGGUGUUCGGCAGGAUGGUGUCCCCGCAAGCGUCUCCGGCUCCGCCCGAGCAGGAUGACGAGCCGGGCGUCCCGGGGAUGCCAGUCCUGGCGGAGAUGCCACCCAAGGCAGCGGCCAACCUCAACAUGUGGAGCUCCUUCGGGCGGCGCUCGGCCGCCGACAGGAUCCCGGAGAGGACCCGAGACGGCAGCCCGGUCCGCUCGUCCUCGGUCAACCCGGCCUUCUUCCUUACGCCAUUCGGGGACCAGACGGACAAGCAGCGGUCCAUCGAGGAGCGGCAGGUCAAACAGACCGGCGGCGACGCCGCCGCCUCCCACAAACGGACGCCCGACCCGCGAGUCUACCCGCCAAACGCCCGACCAACGCUUCAACCAGACUGGACCAAGAUCCCGUUCUUCGGGUAGAAGGAUUCGAAGUUUUGAUCCUGAGAUGGACAAUAGAAUUUCUAGCUAGAGCCCGAAAGCAUCGCAGGUGUUUGCUUUUACGGGAUAAGUACCGUACAUAACGACCCGCUGGCGGACAGCGGUAGAAUUAAGAGUAGGCCAGAAAGGCAUUGUUCAGUCAGCGUGAGAAUUGCUGAGUCAUUGAAAAGGGUAGCAUGCUAUCAGUGAUGUUCACAGCCACAUGGUGCUGUGAAUGAGAGGCAUUGUCUGCGCCCUACAUGUAGUUCUUAAGAAUGGAACCGAAGAAACGGCCACCCAAGAGGUAUCACAAGAGAAUAAAAAUUAUUCAGUACUAUACAUUGUCUGAAUUGCAUUACUUUCACCCAGAAGAUGGGCAUCUCUCAGUCAUAGGUUUGCAACACCUUAAAUAUACAAAGUAUUCAAAAAGAUUUCUACUCCAUGCAUAAAAUCCAGCAAGCAUCAGUUGAUGAUAGGAUCAGAUUUAUUUUUUUCACCCCUCUCCAAAUAAAUCGACACAUUAGCAUACUUGUACACUGCUGAACAAAACAUAAGUCAUAAGCUAGCUACUCAAGUGGCAAAAUAAUUCAGGAAUAGAGUUCCUACAUUACAAGUGUGUAGUUUCAAAUCAAAUCACAGUCAAAGAGUAGAUGCAUAAGCAAGUUCAAUAUCAUUUUACAGUGCAUAAACUACAGGACCAAUCAACACAAUUUCACAA